GAGUUUGAGAAGUGGGUUCUUGGGCACUACUUUUCUUUUCUUCUGUUGGAAUUUCGGUAGAAAUAUCCAUCUCUUGUUUAGAGAUUAGUAUUUUUUUUGAACUUCGAAAAACCUAACCAAUGUAAGUAGUAGAAAUUAAUCCUCGAAUUAUGUUUGCUACAUUUGCUCAUCUAGGUAAACAAAUAAAAGACUUGACGCAACUACACAAUUGUAAGUUUUGCCAGAGCUCUAAUUGGUAACAUCUAGAAAUAAUUUGAAUUUUUAAAGGCGCGACAUUUCAGUCGUAUAACGUGUUUGGUUGAAUGUUUUUAACAUUGUAUCCGUCAAUUUGAAUUUUACGUUUUCCGUGUUAAUAAAUAAAUUUUUCAUUCGUGAGGAUAUUUAGCGACUGUAAAAUAAUAGAAAAGUUGGAGGCAGAGCCGUUUACCCCUGGGUGAGUGCCAGCGUAGCUUUCAGCUCUCAAAAACGUAGUUCCAAACUCCUAUGAGUUUUGGUUUGCAAUCAAAAUACAACGUGUUAAAAAAAAUCCACUCAACUGCUUAUGUAAGUAAACACAAAUAAAUAUACAGGAUAUAGAUUUGCGCUUUGUUCGUUAAGGAUGUGAAAAGGUAUCACGCAAGCACAAUAGCAGUUAAGUAAUAACAACGAAAUUGUUUAAAAUAUAAUAUUCCGGUUGGUUUAUUGAAAUCGAUACCGCAAAGGCUUCAAGCGUUUACAUUAAAAUGUGGCAACCUUUUACUGAAGACAUACACCAAUAUUUUUUUAAAAUUAAAAUUACACCAAACAUAAGAAAAAAAAACUCAUGAAACCGUAGUUUUGUUUUAGGUUUAUCGUAGUGCCGUUGUCUUAGGCUUGAUACGCAGUUACUACGGCGAAAGCGUAGGGGUAAACAGGUCCGGCCUUGGGGUAAACAGGUACGGGCCUGGGGUAAACAGGUCUGGCCCUGGGGUAAACAGGCCCGGCCCUGGGGUAAACAGGUCCGGCCCUGGGGUAAACAGGUCCGGCCCUGGGGUAAACAGGUCCGGUCCUGGGGUAAACAGGUACGACCUUAGGGUAAACAGGUCCGGCCCUGGGGUAAACAGGGCCUGGUUGAAGGCACCAACAUAUGUCAAGGAACUUAUAAUUCAUUAGAAAAACGUUUUCGUUUCACUUCGAACGUACACACAUGUCAGACAUGUUCACAUUAGAAUGAGGGUUAAGUGGGUGUGCUUUAGACUGAGAUGAUAGAGAACUUUUUGUUUAAGGUAACGAGGAUAAAAACCCGAAAACAAAUCACCUGACAUCGUUUAAACCAAAGAAGUUAAAGCGUUUUCACGUUAACGCAGAAAUGUUUCAGUUUAGAACUACAUAAGACCAAAUUAAAAACCAAAUACGUGUAUAGAUUUAUAAAGACACCAUAAAGUGGUGACUGUAUCCACACACACCCCCCUCCCCGCAUUCCGUAGUGACGUCACGGCUCAUGCACAAACGUCAAGACAUGCAUAGUUGUUUUUUUUUUUAGAAAUUGCUAAAGAUGAGACAAUCAGAGAUUUGCUGCCUAUUGCAAAGACCUUUGAAAGCAAAGAGGUUUCAAUCGAAGACCAUAAAAAGAAGUCAAAGAAAUUUAUUACUUAACUCCAAAGACAGUGUCCAGGUUGCUCUGUUUUAAAAAUUCCCGAUAUUGAUUUCAUUGUUUCAAAAUAAAAACAUGUUUUUUUUUGUUACAAAAUAUGACGAUACAUUUUUUCAAAGAAAUUCUAUUGAUCCAUAUUGAGGUUAUUAUUUUUUUUAAUUUUAAAUUAAUUUAUUAUUGGAUUUUUAUGUUUAUAAAUGUCGUUUCAGCAUAAACAGAUCAGGUUGUCAACUCCAAAAUCCAAACUUUAGCCACAAAUAUUUUAAAAUUGCAUGUUUGUUUGUUUGUUUUUUUUUUAACGGAAAAAUAAAUACUUUUAAGGACACAUUUUUUAAAAUAAACUAAGGAAGCUAAAAAUAUUCCAAUAUGCUAUGGACUAGAAUUUUAUUAUUGGAUGACAAUAUCUGUAUGGCUAAUAACUUGGGCUUAUUUUAUAUGCUAUUUUAUUGUAUAGAAUUCUCAUCAGUGUUGUAUUUCUCCUGAUUAUGUUUCUACUAGUUUCACAUGUGAAAUAAAAAAAAAAUCACAGACGUUGAUAUUCUUCGUUUUUUGCGGGUUUUUUCGCUUCAAAAACAUUUGUGCAAUGUCUAAUUUUUUACGGACAUCCCAAAAUAUUUACAGCAUUUGCGGACAUGUCAUUUGCGGACAUGUCAUUUGCGGACAUGUCAUUUGCGGACAUGUCAUUUGCGGACAUGUCAUUUGAGGACAGUUCAUUUGCGGACAUGUCAUUUGAGGACAUGUCAUUUGCGGACAUGUCAUUUGCGGACAUGUCAUUUGAGGACAUGUCAUUUGAUUUCAAACCUUACGAAAUGUCCGUAAAUUGACCGACUGUUGGCAACCCUAAAAUAGAUUCAUUCUACCAAGUUGAAGUGAAAAAGACAAUGAUUUUCUACGUUUAUUAAUCUAGGUGGCAGCAAUGGCUUAAACACACAUACACGUACACACACAUACACACACACACACAUAUAUAUAUAUCCAACCUAAAAUUAAAGAAUAAGCCCAUUCUACAUCAUUUGCCGAAAAGUUUGCAUUUGUAUUCUGUGUCAUCAUUAUUAAAGCUAAACAUGUAAAAAAAAAUUUUGUUUACAUAAAUCAUUUUGUCUAAUUAUUCUACUUGAAAGCUUUAUCGCGGUCCAACACUCCAGUCAUUAGUUAAUUGAAGACUUCGAAGUAGUGAAUUCAUUUUCUAUCACAAGAAUUUUGAAGAACAAAAAAAAAAUUAUCCGUUUUGCAAUAUUUGAAAUUUCCAGAGAUUUUUUGGUGAAAAUUUUACAUUUCCCUCGAUUCCAAUUACUUGCUCCCUUUCAAUUAAAAGAAAUUAACAUGUUUAUUUUUAAUGGUAGGCUGUAAGAAAGCAAGCUCUAUCAUAAACACUUAGAAAGGUUUCCCUUUUUGAUUCUCAAAUGGUGUCAACAAGAUCUGUAUUCCCAUGCUUAACUAAUACAAAGGAUAAAAUCUUGGGGGACCGGUUACAAGCCAAGCGGAAUAGAUCAAUAGCCAUACAUAACUAAUACAGUAGACUCACGGUGGGUAAGGUUACUAAGUGUUUUGAUGAGGUGCUCAUUUAAGAAUUUAGAGGAUAAAUUAUCAACUGGAAAAAAAAGGUUCCUAAACUGUGCAGAAACGGGAUCAAUUUCCUCAACUUUGGUACAUUAUAUAUAAAUAUAUAUAUAUAUAUAUAUAUAUAUAUAUAUAUAUAUAUAAUUACGCUGUUACUGUCAUUAUGAGAUGCGUUUGCUCCACAUACAGACACACACACGUGCACCCACACACACACACUCACGAACACACGCACAUUUUUAAAAAAAACGUACCUGGAGUAGUUGAAUAGCUAAUGUAUUGUUGUUUUUUUACUUCAGCACAUUGUUCAAUCAUGAGCGCAAAUCUGUUCGUGGCCAUUUUACUGGGAGCACUGAUGACGUCGCAUUGGCCAUCUGUGUCGGCCUUGCCGCGGCUCAACUCGAGACAGCUGACGUCAUCACACUUCCCUUACCGACCAGAGAAUUCAAAUGUGGUAAGUGUGGGAGGGGGUGGGGUCAGGCAGAGAUGAUAGCAAGCAAUUUACAUUGUGCAAUCAAAUUAGUGUGGGUCUAGAACAGUCGUUCUCAAACUUCCUAACGCCGCGACCCUUUAAUAUAGUUCCUCAUGUUGUGGCGACCCCCAGCCACAAAAUUAUUGUCGUUGCUACUUCAUAACUGUAGAGCAUAUGUGUUUCAGAUGGUCUUCGCGACCCGUUGGAAAGGGUCGUGCGACCCCCAAAGGGGUCGCGACCCACAGGUUGAGAACCGCUGGUCUAGAAGCUGUUAAGGUUGAGGGGAUGUAAGUGUGGGUCUAGAUUAGGGGUCCUCAGAAUUUCCUGUUUUUGAGUACCACUGGUCUAGAUGCCGUGGAGAUGGGAGUAUGUAAGUGUGGGUCUAAACGUUGUGAGGGUGGAGGGAUGUAAGUGUGGAUAAAAAAAAGUUGUGGUAAUGGAGGAUGUAAGUGUGUAUCUAGAAGAUGUGGAAUGAAGGGAUGUAAAUGUAUCUAGAAGAUGUUGUAGUGGAGGAAUGUGUUCUUUCUUGAAGCUGUGAUAGUGGAGGAAUGUGUUUUUCUUGACGCUGUGGUUGUGGAGGAAUGUGUUUUUGCUUGACGCUGUGGUGGGGGGAUCUGUGUGGAUCUAGAAAUAUAGGGACUGGGGGGACUUGUGGUCUAGAAGCAGAAAGAGUGGUGUGGAUUUACUUGUGGUUCUAGAAGCAAGUGUAGGGCGUAGAGGGGCCAGUGGAUACACAACUCAGUUAACGAAUGACUUCCAGCAUUAGAAGCAGCGAGUCUAAGCUGCAAUAAUUGAAGUCGAGUCUUAUCGGUUCGGCCCUAACUUUGGGCUUGGGGAAGUGGGAGAGAGAGAAGAGGGAGGGUCGUAUUGGGCCUACUCUUGUAUGGAUAAAUAGUCCAUUGGAACUAAGAGAAAAUAAGUUUUAGUAAUUUUAUUUGCAAUAUGUGCUUACUAACUAAAGGAUAAAUAGUUGUGUGCGACGUCUCAUAGAAUCGGACCGGGGCUACACUCAUCUUUGAGUGAACUUCAGAUCAUGUUCCGUCUCUUCAAUGCUUUACUCUUCUAUGUACGAUUGUUAUUAAUAAGAAAUUGUUUGAAAUUCAGUCUCGUUUUUUUAAGAACCCUGAAAAAACGACUGACGUCUCUCUUCAUUUUGUUAACCCUCAAAAAUAAUUUUAAAAAAAACAAAAAAACAUUUUUACGUCACACUUCCAGUGUCCCUGUGUCAGAUAGGCGAACACCAUUUCGUGUAGUGGGAACAUGAAAUAAUUGGAGUGCGUUCAAGCUGUGUGAAUGAAAUGGUAGAACAUGGUACGUGGAAGUUAAGCUUUAAUCAAAAGACGGGGCAAUAAGACGUGAACGUUUCAGCUCAGAGCCUUCCUCGGCAGACAGGACAAAUGAAAAUACGACAAGAAUUGUAAAGAACAUGUACGAGGUUCGAAUCUUAUUUUGAGACCUAGCUGUGUGUAGCCAAGGAAGUUAUAUCCAUCAACAGAAUGUACUGCUGGAGACAUUAUGAGUGUCACACCACCAGAAUUACAGUGAAACUGUUGACCACGUUGAGAUUUCCCCAGCCACUAGUUUACAUUCGAUGGCUCACGGCUAAUGAAGUUUUAGGUAGAGCGUUGAACUUUGCAUGGGAUGAAAGUUGCCUUCUGAGUGUCUGUCGGGAGAAUAAUAUUGAGCUAUGUGGAACAUUAAGGUACUUGCAAGACUAGUUUUUUGGGGGAUUCUGAAGGGUUCUCACAUUUUGUUGUUUAUUGAAAUAUGAGACGGAGGAGACAUUUUAAAAGCCAUGGGCAGAGUGUAUUUCCAACUCUCUGUCUUACUGCUCUCUCUCCCUCUCACCCUCUCUCUCCCUUCCCUCUCUCCCUCUUUUCCUUACUCUAUUUCUUACACUGCUCCUCUCUCAUUCACUCUUCUCUCUCCAUUCUCUCUUUCAAUCCUCCUCUCUCUCUCUCUCAUUCUUUCUACUCUCUCUCUCUCUCUCUCUCUCUCUCUCUUUAUUUCUCUCUCUUUCACACACACUCUCUUGUAUAUUCUUUAACUAUCGUCUUUAAAAAAAAGAGUUUAUUUAUUUUACCUUUGUGGGGGGGGGGGGUGUUUCCCUUUCUUACUUCCUCCAUGUCAUGAUAAUGUCUCUUUUGAUAAUAUGUGUAUGUACAGCGCGGUGAGCGCAGCCCUAGGCUGGGGUACCGCGCUAUAAAAGAUCACUAAUUAUUAUUAUGUAUAUGAAUUUAUCUCUUUAUCUAUACUACUUUCAUUUCCGUUUUCUCACUCUUUUAAAAAAAAAUUCAGCGUGUUUCUCUCUCGCUCUCUCUCUCCCUUUCUCUCUCUCUCCCUUUCUCUCUCUCUCUCUUUCUCUCUCCCUUUCUCUCACUUUCUCUCUUACUCUAAACAUUUUCUAAAGUCCAAAUUUUCUCCUCCUCAUUGGUGACAAUGAAUCGUACACAUUUUGUGUGUAACACCAUGUAGGCCAACAUAAACCCCAAGAGAUGAAACGUCUACGGCUAUAAGAGUACUUUGAGACCUGUCAAAGGGUUCUCAAUGGGGGUCUGCGCACCUAGAUAUGAAGGUGGCAGUGCCAUGGUGCGCAAAAGACACAUAAAUUUUCACUCAAACAAACACAUAAAUUGCAGACGAAAAAAUAUGUGAAACAGAACACAUUUUUGCGGACCGCACCCCCCCCCCCCUCCAAAAAAAAUUUUUAAAAAAAUGUCCACGUGAUCCUCUGUACAAAAAGAUUGUAUACACCUGCUCCAUAGCAGGUUGUGUUAUGGUCUACACCAUGGUGAUGUGUGCUCUACCACUUUCCCAUGGUCUACCUUCACUGUCACUAAAUUUUGUUUUAAACAACAUUCAUUUAUUCAUACGGGACAAAGUGCAUCAGAUCUAAUCUAUCAUUUCGUUCCACAGUGUACGAAAUAUCAUGAUGUAUGCUGCAGAUACAUUUAUGCGAGUCUGGACUUUGACUUCAUAAGUAUUUUAAAAAUAACAAUUAAUGAAUGAUUUGGGGUGGAGGUGGGGGUAGGUGGUCUGGCCAGUAGGGAAGUCACUUGGACAGAUACACCGGACUGACUCUAAUGAAAUCAUAAAAAUUAUAAACAGCAUCUGUGUGAUCUCAUUUGCGUAAACAGGUGGAGCAAAAGUACAUCUUUGGUGAUUCUGCCCAGACACGAUAAUGUGCGUAGAUAGGUAGAGCAAAAGUACAUCUUUGGUGACUCUGCCAAGACACAAUAAUGUGCGUAAACAGGUGGAGCAAAAGUACAUCUCUGGUGACUCUGCCCAGCAACAACAAAGUGCGUGAACAGGUGGAGCAAAAGUACAUCUUUGGUGACUCUGCCCAGCCACAAUAAUGUGCGUAAACAGGUGGAGCAAAAGUACAUCUCUGGUGACUCUGCCCAGCCACAAUAAUGUGCGUGAACAGGUAGAGCAAAAGUACAUCUUUGGUGACUCUGUCCAGCCACAAUAAUGUGCGUAAAAAUGUGGAGCAAAAGUACAUCUUUGGUGACUCUGCCCCGCCACAAUAACAACACAAAACAUACAUGAAGAGUACCAACGUAGUUCCGGCCAAGUUAAACAUGCAUUUUCAAUCACUUUUUUCUUCUUUUCAUACCAGAAAUGUAUGGUACAUUUCUUUUUCUUUAUAUUAUUUUAAAACGGCUAAAAUAAGUAUUUACUUUUUCAACUUAGUUGAGUAAAGAAGUAUAAUUAGUGUUGCUCAAUAGUCUUACCCAUUAUUGUCAAGCAAUAAUUCCUAUUUUAUGUUGCUUAUACCGUUGUUUCAACUCUUUCAACGUAUAAACAGCGAUCGUAACAUUAUAAAUACUGUUUUCCUCAUGCCAGGGUCAAGGUCCCGUUGUCAUAUUCCGAUUUAAAUCUGAUAUGAUCAUUACUUCUCUUCCCCCCCCCCCACACACACACACACCCUUGUCGUUUCCGUCAACAAUGAGAACUGAAUAACAGGAUCGCUCAAGCGACAUCUGGCGCCGCGACCCUUUGCUUACACAUGCAUUACCGGCGGUGUUAUUAUAUAAGUCAACACACUUCCUGUACACAUUUGCCCAGGAUUCUUGGACUUUUGCCAUUACUCUUCUAGAAUCUAUCUAUGAACAACGACAAGAUAAAUAUAUUUAAGGAUAAAGACUUUCCCUUAAAUUAACGUGUGUUUUUUUAUCAGAGCCAAAUGUGUUAAAGAACAGAGCUGUUUAACAAAAUAAUUGUGUUUUUAUUUGAUAUCUAUAUUAUUCUCAUUGACCAAGAAAGAUGAGUAAUGGCUUAGAGGGUAAGGUUGCCAUAGUGACUGGCUCAAGUUCUGGAAUAGGGGAAGCCAUCGCCAUUCAUUUCGCUGCUAAGGGAGCAAGGGUCGCCUUGUGUGGACGCGAUCCGCGCAGAUUGGAGUCGGUGCUGGACAGGGCUGUUGAGGUCAGCGGAGGACACAAAGAAAGGUUUAUCACUAUUCAGGGGGAUCUCAAAGACGCGGAGUGUAGACGAAAUGUUGUUGACAAGACUAUUACGGCGUUCGGACAGCUGGACAUCCUGGUCGCCAAUGCUGGUGUGGCCGUUCCCGAUGCGACGAUUCGAGACGCAACACCCGAAAUUUACGAUAACACAAUGGACAUCAAUGUCAAGGCCGUGUUCUUUCUAAUCCAAGACGCCCUGCCUCAUCUCGAGAAAACCAAAGGAAGCAUCCUCUGUGUCUCUUCCGUAUUCAGCUCCUUAGUUUUGGUCCCCGACAUCAUCUACCCCAUGACCAAGGCCGCCCUCGGGCAUCUGUGUCACUGUCUGGCGGUGCAACUCGGCCCUAAAGGCAUCCGGGUGAACACGGUCAACCCAGGAAAUAUACAGACUAGGAUAGGAAGGGACUUCGUCCACACACAGGCAGCCGUCGACUGGAUCAACAGAGAAAAGAAAUCCGUGGCCCUGCCUCACUAUGAGGGCUCCGCCGAAGACGUUUCCGACGCGGUUGUCUUUCUCGUCUCGGAUAACGCUGCCGGCAUCACCGGACAGCACCUCAUCGUGGACGGUGGAAGGUCGUUCUUUGGGGCGUCCAACGCGGAGUAACUGCAGGAUCAACAAGAUUUGUGAGACACGUUCUAUUUGUUAAAAUGCUUAAAUGUCCUCUCGUAGAAUAUGGAGGCAGGUUGUCUUUUCAACCCUUGCAUACUUCACAUCGAAAUUUUUAUUUUCUUAAAUUUGGCAGUGCAGUUCAUUGUUUAUUUGUAACCGCAGCUUAUAAUCAUUCUCUAAAUUUAGUAAACAAACUAAAAUAUAACGAUAGAAAUACUAAUGUUUCAUAAGUUCGAUAUUUUUUUAUUAUUUUGUCAUAGAUUGUUUUGGGGGCGGGAUAGGGAGUGAAUUAGUUUUUUUUUUAUCUUUAAAUUAUGCAUGACUUAGCUUUAUUGAUGAUAACAUGUAUCACCGGUCCGGUUGGGAAUUCCUUGAAUUCUCUCCUCUUUAUGGAAUGACCCGUUAUCGAAAGAUGCAACGUUUUUAUCAUCUGGUCUCAUCUUCUUUUCUUUUUUUUUUUUCAUUUCUAUAUUUUACAUUUUUAUAUCAAAUUUUCUUUUAAAUUUUAUAUAUAUGGCUAUUUAAUGAUCAAUUGUUGUAAGUGAGAUGUACAUCACGAGUAGAGAGAAAACAGUUUUUAAAAAGCUGUAACAUUGCCCAUAUUUAUUUGGUAGAUUUUUAACUCAUAGCCUUUCUUGUAUCUCGUUCUGGCUUGUCUGCCAAAGAAGGGUGUCAGGUAAUGUGUGGUACCGGUGAGUUAAUGUGCAGUACCGGUGACUUAAUGUUCAAUACUGGUGAGUUAAUGUGCAGUACCAGUGAGUUAAUGUGUAGUACCGGUGAGUUAAUGUGCAGAACCUGUGAGUUAAUGUGCAGUACCGGUGAGUUAUUGUGCAGUACCAGUGACUUAAUGUGUAGUACCGGUGAGUUUAUGUGUAGUACCGGUGAGUUAAUGUGUAGUACCGGUGAGUUAAUGUGCAGUACCGAUGAGUGAAUGUGUAGUACCAAUGAGGUGAUAUACCCAAAAAAUAAAAUGUUUUAAAAAAUCAACACUAUAUAUAUAUAUACAUGUGUGUGUGUGUGCGCGCGUGUGUGUGUGAGUGUAAAAAAACCUAUCUAACAUUUUUGUACACAUUAUUUUAUCAAGACCUGUUAUAACUUAAUGCUAUAAGCAUGACUGUUAGCAGGACUAUUGGCACGUCUAUUGGCACGACUAUUGGCACGUCUAUUGGCACGACUAUUGGCACGUCUAUUGGCACGACUAUGGGCACGGCACGUUUUAUUCCGUCCCUCUUAGUUAAGACCCAAAGAUUUCAAAAUUCAUUUGCUUCCCAAUCUGUUAAAAUUUAUCCGCUUGCUCCCCCGGCUGGUACAAAAUCCAAAUAAUCACUCUUUAGUCAACCAUUGACGCUCCAUGUUUUAUGACUGGUGAAUUUUGCACUUGAGAAAUGCCUUGUGUUGAAAUUGUUAUAAUUUUAAAAUGUUGUCAUGUUCAGAAUAUUUAGAUCUAGCUAUGUGAUGAAAGUGAAAAUGAAUAUUUUAACCAAAAAGAUUUUCAUUUCUUUGGGUAAUUUUUUUUUUUUUUUUAAAUCUCUUAUCUUAUAUCUAUUCACAUUUUAACAUUCAAAUAUCCAAAAUAUUUGCAUGGAUUUUUUUUAGUCUCAAUUGCUUUUCUCAAUCUCAAUGGCUUUUCUCCAUCUCAAUGGCUUUUGUUCAACUCAAUGGCUUUUGUUAAUCUCAAUGGUUUUUGUUCAUCUCAAUGGCUUUUCUCCAUCUCAAUGGCUUUUGUUCAUCUCAAUGGCUUUUCUCCAUCUCAACGCCUUUUUUCCAUCUCAAUGGCUUUUGUUCAUCUCAAUGGCUUUUCUCCAUCUCAAUGGCUUUUGUUUAUCUCAAUGGCUUUUCUCCAUCUCAAUGGCUUUUUUCAUCUCAAUGGCUUUUCUCCAGCUCAAUGACUUUUCUCCAGCUCAACGGCUUUUCUCCAUUUCAAUGGCUUUUUUCAUCUCAAUGGCUUUCCUCUAUUUCAAUGGCUUUUUUCAUCUCAAUGGCUUUUGUUCAUCUCAAUGGCUUUUCUCCAUCUCAAUGGUUUUUUCAUCUCAAUGGCUUUUCUCCAGCUCAAUGACUUUUCCAGCUCAAUGGCUUUUUUCAUCUCAAUGGCUUUUCUCCAGCUCAAUGACUUUUCUCCACCUCAACGGCUUUUCUCCAUUUCAAUGGCUUUUUUUCAUCUCUAUGGUUUUUGUUCAUCUCAAUGGUUUUUCUCCAUCUCAAUGGCUUUUUUCAUCUCAAUGGCUUUUCUCCAGCUCAAUGAUUUUUCUCCAGCUCAACGGCUUUUCUCCAUUGCAAUGGCUUUUUUUCAUCUCAAUGGAUUUUCUUCAUCUCAAUGGCUUUUCUCCAUCUCAAUGGCUUUUCUCCAUCUCAAUGGCUUUUGUUCAUCUCAAUGGCUUUUCUCCAUCUCAAUGGCUUUUGUUCGUAUCAAUGACUUUUCUCCAUCUCAAUGGCUUUUGUUCAUCUCAAUGGCUUUUCUCCAUCUCAAUGGCUUUUGUUCAUCUCAAUGGCUUUUCUCCAUCUCAAUGACCUUUCAUCCAAUCACAGUUUAAUAAGAACUGAAUUAAAUCCCAAAAUGAUAUCUCAUUGCUUUAAAUAUCUCUCUUAUUCCCCAGUGUUCCAACUACAUGGAGGCGUGCGUUCCCUGGGAGACAAGAUGCUGCAACAACAUGGUCUGUGUCAACGUGGCCCGGGGCUACUGUCUCUACCCGCUCGAGAAAUGCAUGUGUCAGAAACCGUUUGCGGAAAUCUUCUAGGCCUGCUGUGCUCAAACAUUUCUAUGAAAAAUACUUUUGAUGGUUUAUCUCGGUUUUUUCAUUUGAAUAUUUUUCGAAUGUGUGCAUUCAUAACAGCACCGCUGAAAUUUUUAUUGAAUAUUUUUAAUGCAUAGUUCACAGUUUGUAGCUGUGGGAAAAGAAAAUCAAAUGCUACAAACUAAACCUUAUAUUUUAUUUGACAUUUCUUAAAAAUAGAAUUUUAAAUUGGGUUUAAUGAAAAACAAUUUUUUUAAAAAAAAAAGUAAAUUUCUUGCU